AUGGCUUCCCAGGUGGUUGAAAGCCAGGUUUUCCCAAUUCAACUGGAAUGGAUCGGUGGAAGGAGCACAUUUAUUCAAAGUUCAUUCUCUCCUCGCAAUGCCUACAUCUGUCUAGAAGAUAUGAAAGAACAGCACAUUGCUGUACCAGUGGUCAUCGAGAAGAUGAAAAAUCUGGUGGUUUUCCGACAAGAUAACAGAAUGAUGGACAAAGUGUUUGAGAUUAAAGAUAUCGUUCAAAUUCAUUGUUUCCCAACCGACCCAAAUUACGCAAUUUUUGAGAUCAAUGAACAUGACGGAUCUGCAAGAUUUGAAGUGAUUAGAGCACCAGAAAAUGAAUCGUUGAAAGUUCUUCAAGAUUUUAUUUUCACACCUCACUUCGUCAAUCCAUCGGCACCUGUUCUACCGGAGCAGAAUGCUGAGUCUUCGUCUCCGGUUUCAGAUGGAUAUGAGACCCCGAAGCCAAUUCAAACUGUUACUAACGACGGCACUUCUCCGAAUUUCCAGGUCACAGAUGGUUAUGAAGGGAUGGAAGUUCAGAUUAUUGAUGAAACAAUCAAUGAAAGGGUUACUCCAGCAUCAAGAUCCAAAGAUUCCCCCGGUGUCGGGGAAACCAAGGCUGAAAUCAGUGUCAAGGAAGUGGACAGAUCACGAGAGACUCCAUCAACCACUUCCGUGUCUUCUGAUACUCUUAUAAAGAGCAGACAACCCGAGGAUUUUACUGUGGAACUUAUUCAUGAAAGCCCAUUGAGAAAUGAAAAGUUGACUCAACAGGAGCCAGAGCAACAACAAAGACCUCUCAAGACAGUGACCAUAAAGCAGCGCAAAUUUGCCAAAUUGGUCACUUUAAAGGAACUUAUUACAGAGGAGGGAAUUAAUACUCAAAACUACUUUGAUGAUGGCAAAUUUUACGUGAUCUCUAGGAAGGGUCCAAAAGGGUCAUUCCCCAAGUCAUUUGGGUUGCAAUCCAGUGAAUACUCAAAGAACCAACCACAAAAUAGGUAUGUUGAGGGAUAA